AUGAAAAUGAAAUUAACGAACUGCACCCUCCCGUUGUUGCUGCUCCUGCUUGCAUCUAGCAGCUGCCUUGCCGAUAGUCAGCAGCAACAGCAAUCUGUCCAGUCGGAACAAUCCUUCGCGAGUGCAGCUGGUGGCGGUGAAAACUCCGACAAAAGCAUUGCGAAUACGGUGGACAAGAACAAACGUGGUGCCCCGAGCGUACCGGUUGUCGUAGGUACCCCGGCGGCGCAGCACACCGCUUACAUAAAUCACCACGUUGUGGCUGCACCUAUUUCCGGCCACGCAACGCACGCAGCCAUCGGCGCGGUUCCGUUCGGGUACGGUCACGCACUGGCGAGCGGAGGACACAUCCUGCAGACGCCGGCAGCAGCAGCAGUCGCGACGGCAGUGCCGCAGCAUGUGACCAUACACAAGGUCAGCUACGUUGAGCCUGCCAGGGCGACUACCACGACCACGACCCUCAAGCUGGCUAGCGCGUCCGAAGGGUUGCAUCAUCUGUCACCCCUCUUGGCGAAGUAUAACUACGCCGUACCGCAGCUCACCUACACGCACUACCCGCAGUAUCAGCUAGUGCAGCACCACCACCACCAACAGCAGACCAGCCCCGUCGGUGGGACGCUCCAGCCGGCCACCAUCUACGCGACUCACACGGCGCUUCACGAGCAUCCGGUUGCGGAGAUUGCUACCCACCACCAGCCGCAGCACCAGCAACAGACGGCGUACGCACAUCAGCAGCCCAUUUAUGCGUCCCACCCGGCGGCCAUUCAUUACUCGGUGGCCCUUCCCGGGCAGCAUAAUUACGCCGGGCAGCAACAGCAGCAGCAGCAGCAGCCUCAGCAACAACAGCAGCAUCCUCUGAGCCACACGCAAGCCAUCCAUUACCAGCAGCAGGCGGUGGCGUCGGGCCUCGCCGGGCAGCAGCCGGCCGUGCCGAUCGUCCACCAGGCCCCGAUCGCCGCCAUCAAUCAGGUCCACCAGGCGCAGCAGGUCUACGCGACCCAGGGACAGCUGACCAAGUAUCCACUGGCGGGAACGAGUUUGUACGGAGCGGGCGGGUUGCAGAACCAAAUAUACUCCACGGUACCCAGCUACGGUGACCCAGACACACUAACAAACCUAGCCAAUCCCGAACCAUCCACUCCCUCCGACGCUCCCCGCCGAUACCCGACCGUACGGCCCGUCAGCCGGCCCAGCAACGUCCCAAACGAUAUCCGGCCCAUCACCGAGUACGAGGAUGAUUACGGUGGCGAGGGUACGGACGCGGCCGGCGUCGACAACGACCUGUACCGGGACGAACAGCCGCCCGGCCGGAACGGAGCGCCCGCUGGUGGCGAACGGGUGAACGAACCGUGCGACAAAGACUCCAAGAAGUCGGGCCAACCGAGUGCGUUCAACCGGAAUCUCUACAACAUGUGGAGGGCGUACGAUCUGGGCCGGGCGCUGCUGAAGGCUUCCGGUGCCAGUGGAACGACGCCCAAGCCCCGGACCAAGCCACCGAACGGCGACAGCACCGACCGUAUCCAGCUGAUCCACCCGCCGGGCGAGUCGGACAAGAAGCUGAAGGGCAAGUACUACGAGGGCAAGUACUACGCCUACAACCGGGCCGGUCGUCAGGAGACCAACCGUUCGCCAAAGUCCGUCAAUCCCGGCACUACGUCUACGACAACGCGUACGCCCUCGUCCCGCCGGAGAAAGCUCGACUAA